CCCUGGACAAAGCAGCCGCCAAAUCUCUCUGGCUUCUAUUCUUGUAUUGAGGCAGCUUUAAAAAAACAAAACAAAAACCAACCAGUGGGAGGAGAUUAGUUCCCGGCUCCUAAAAGAAUGAACUCAGCAUUAAGUGGCAUUCUUUCUCUGAUCAGUGUUGCAUUGUGGUCGAGAUUGUGCUCAGCUGUACCCCUGGCAGAAUUUUCUGGAGAUCCGGGAUUCCAGGAGUUUAUCAGGAAAAACCGGGAAUUUGUUUACAAGAUAAAGAGUGAUGUCACUGCACUGAAGAAUCUUGUGCACAAAGAUUUCAAGCUUGGCAGUGAUGAUGAGCUGUCGAUGGUACAGGGAAUCUUGGGCAUCAACCAAGUGGAUCACUCUCACUGCCCGAAAAACCCCUGUGACACAGAAGGCUGCUUCAACCAAAUACAGACAGGCCUCCACACCUACCAUGCCUACCUCUCUUACAUUGCCCAGAUCUUACCAAGUUAUGCUGGCCAGGUGGCUGCUCUCCAGCUGGAAAACACAAACCUCUCCUCCAACAUCCAACUGCAGAUGGAAGAAAGUGGGAUGUCUACUGUUACCUACCCACAAGCAGAAAACCAACUUUCCUUUCCAGAGACUCAGAGAGUGAUGGGAAGCUAUCUUGUCCUUCGUAAUCUCCAGAAAUUCAUGGAAAUGACUUUCCGGGCACUAAGACACUGUAGUGCAUAGAAAGAAGAGCAGCAUGGAAGAUUCUCUGACAAGGAUGUGCCCUGUGCCCCCUAUGAGGGCAUUAAGUUUGUCCUCUAAGAUUACUGAUGGAACUGUUUCAAUACUUACUAUUUAUUUUUAAUAUUUUAGUAUUUUAAUGUUUUAUAUAUUUUACAUAUUUAUAAGGAAUGCCUUGUUGAAAGUCACUUAUAAUAAAAUCCUUAAAAGCAUAGUAGUGGCAUGUAAUCUCCCCCUUCCCCAAAGAGCUGGAUAAAAGUGACAGUUUUUUAAUUUUGUGGUGCUGCCACAACAGGAAAUAUUUUGGAUGAAACUCUUGUCACUUACUAAUCUAGCGUCCCUAAUCUCAGCCAAAUGUGAAUAUGGAAGCUUACCCCCAAAUUGUAAGCUUCCUCCAAAUGCAUAUUGCCAACUUCCAUUAACUUGGAGAAAAAGUUCAGUGCACAAAACCAAACUUCCUAGGAUUUUCUGAAAGUGAUGUCCAUUUUGCAACUGGCUUCAGAGCCAUUCUGCCCCCAACUUAGUUGACUCCAAGUUCUGAUCCCCUUUCUCUGCCCCUUCACAGUCACCAUAGGUAUGGGUUCAGAUGGUACUUUCAGCCCAGGGUAGCUACACAGCCAUGAUAAGCUUAAAGUAUCUUGGGGAACCCAGCUGUGCCCACCAAAGAAGAGGCGGGAGAUCUACAGAAGGCAUCUCUCUUUCCUCUUCCUCUUCCAGUCCUCCCAGCACUGAGGGGAGCAGGGAGAACAGUUGCUGAAAGCAGCCAUCCCCCUCCCUGCUCUUGCUGACAGUAGGAGAGCAGGAUUGCUUGUUCUGGAAGGGGGAAAGUUUAGGGGUUGCUUAAUGGAAGGCUCAGAAGCCCUGCCCAAGGCGGCCCAUUCCUUCCUGCUGUUUCAGCAGCAGCAGUGGUAGCAAUUUGAAGGUACCCCUGUUUAUUAUUGUUUUAUUUAUUAUUGUAUUAUUAUUUAUUGGGCUUAUUUGACCUUUACAACUUGGAUUUUCUUUUGGAACAAGGUUAUUUAAUAUUUAUUCCACCAAUGCUAUCAGUAUGCAGGUGUGAUAGACAGUGGGGUCCCUCCAAGCAUGCUACAAACACUUGUGCCCUUGUUCUGGGCACAUAUAUUGCGAUGUAAGCAAAGAUACAUUUCUGUUUAAUACUGACAUGCCAGAGUUCUGGCAUGACCCAACUGCAGGGAGGUAAACAAGAGCGCUGGGCAGUUCCUGCCUCCAGAGAUCUAUUGGGCAGCCUCUUAUCCAUGAUACAAAUAUGAAAUGCUUAAUGCAGAGCUGGAUCCAGAUUUAGUGGCACUUGAACGGGAUUUAAGCAAGUCAUGAUUAACUUAAGUCCCACUGCUUUCCCUGGGUUGGCUUUAAGGAUGACCAACUCUAGGUCGGUUCCAGCCCUCUGAAUUCUGGUGUUCAGAGCCAGCUCAAGUCAUGAGGAGGCCCUGGGCAAACAGCCCCUUUUUCUCUGUUGCAGGACCAUGCCAAGUUUACACAGCCAGGGAGCAGGGCCUCCUCCAUCCCGAAUGAAUGCUUGGAGCUUGCUGGCCACUUUCUCACGAGGGUUUCUUCUUACAGAGCUUUUCAAGUGAACAAUUGUUUAUAUGUGAAUAGGCAGGGAUAUUCUGUAUCAAGGAGCUGCAUUUUACACAAACUUGCAGAAAUGACUGGGAUAUGUAAUCUAAGUGAACAAUUGAAUCCAGAUGGCUGUGCAGUGCAAUCCCUGAUAUUGUGCUUCCUGGACUUGUGCUGAGGCAGAAAGUGUAUGUUUUACAAAUGGGACUGAUUAUGUAUUACUGAAGAAUCCUUCUUAGUUGAAAUUGUUUAGCAAUUGGCAAAGAUUGCUUGUAAAGAGACUGUUAUUACUUGAUGUUGACAUAUUUUAAUAAUUACACACUAUGUUUGUAUA